AUGAUCCACAUCAAGACUACUUAUCCAAAAUUUAGAAAGAGAACAAAGUGGCUACAAGAUAAGCAUAAUAGCACUUUCAUUCAAUGGCUCCACUUUAAGGUUCAAAGUGAACUUAAUGGGGAAGAGCAUAAUGGCGUAUCAAAAAAUUUGAGGUGGCUAGUAGCUGGUCCAAGCAUGGCAGUGCCAUCAUAUAGGAGCUAUCUUAUUAAUGGUGUUAAAUUUAACACCAAGGCACAAGAUGAUGUUUGA